UCUGCAUCUCAGAGCUUCCAGGAAGUAACAAGAGAAAAACUCAGUUGCCCAAGAGAGCGGUAGCUCAGAAGUGCAUGGGAUGUCACAGACCCCAGGCCUCUCUAGGUUUCACCACUUCUCUCCACCAUGAUCAACACCUACCAGACCAGCCUGGCUCCACCGCCGGUGCCUCCGCGCCUCAGCGGGUCUCACCCGAUCCUCAUCCCGGCACCACUACCAUUACGAGGCCACAGCAAGUCUCUCAUCCGUUUUUUGGUUGGUGUAGUGCUGCUGCAUUUAUUUCUGUCCAUCGGAGGAUUCAUCUAUCUGUACCACAAUUACAAAAUGCUUUCAUUUCAGCUUCCCUCAGGAAAGGAGGGAGAAGAAAAACUGGCUUAUCUCUCAUCAGAAAAACAGGAAACUUCCUACAAAGCCAUGGCACGCAUGGUAGUUGAGCAGCGACCACACACUCCAGAUCAGAAAUCUAAAUCGGGUUAUCUCAACUGGAACAUCAACCACUCAUUUCGUAGGAGCAUUGGCUACUACCAUAGCAGUUGGUUGACUAUCCAGCAGCCUGGUGAUUACUACGUCUACUCCAGGGUGACCUUCUCCAAGGGAGAUCCACAGCUCCCACUGGUCAGCAAGGUGCAGCUGAGGAAGAAGAAUGAAGGAGAAGAUAAGGCUGUGAUGCAGGCCUACUGCAACCUGGACAGCGGCAGCAUUGCUGAAUUCAUCCCUCGCCUGUGCACGGCCACGCAGGGAGAGGUGAUCACACUGGAGAAAGGAAACCAGCUCAGUGUCUGGGUACAAAACCUUUCACUGGUGAACUACGAGGACGGAGCCACAACCUUUGGGAUGUACAAACUGUAGGACUCCUUAUGUGAGCACGUGCACGGACAUAAUCUGAACAGUGGGAACUCAUUAAGUGGAUGUACUUGGAAUUUAAUCUGCUGAGAACGCUGUUAAAUAGACUGGAUCAACAAUCAAACUAAUGGAUUCUGAUCUUUUUUUAUCGUGGAGACAAAGACCACAUUCCUAAAACAUAAUUUAUUAACUCAGAUACAAUUGUUUGAUUUUGUGCUAUUUUUGUGGCAUUUGUGAAUGGUUGUUCUGUAUUUAUUUAUGUAAAUGAACUUCUAUGGUUGUAUAAUGAAACUUUGAUAUUUAAUCUAAAAGAUUUCUUCUCUUUUCUUUGUCUUGCAUUCAGGAGUUAGUUAAACGUAAUGUUAAGAAGAUACAUACAUUGAACAUUAACAUCCAGACUAAAGCACCACGUAUUUUUAAUGGUGAAAAGUAAAGAUGUGCAGAUAUUUUCUGGUAACUAAGAACAUUUUAGUGCUGGAAAGAAAUUAGCACGGUUGGAUGAAUCAGAAAUACUGGUGAUCAGGUGCCUUGCACAGGUUAAAAUACACAGAAUCAUCACCGGAAUUAACACAAAAAUGACUACCAAUGUUCCUCUGACAAACCCCAAAAUGAUGCUGCAUGGGCUACACAGAAGUUAAACAUUUACCGCAUAAAGCGCAAAACCAUACACAUUUUCACUGUAGCUCAGUCUGUACCGCUGGUUUUCAAUUUCUAGGACACGAAAAACCACAUAGCAAAGAAUAUAUUUCUCAUGAAGCUAAGCCACAAAAAACAAGACCACUCAAGAUGUAGGUUACCGCUCCAGAGGCUGAAACUAGACUCAAUACCAAAAGUAAUUUUGUGGUGUGUAAAGGAAUCUAUGCAUCAAACUGAAUGUUGUUUUCAGUGGUACAAGAGAUAUCAUCUUCACAUCUCAAUUAAGUCCUUGAUUACAAAUCACAUCCACAGUAUUUUAAUGCUGACAAUUAUUCCAAGCAAGCUGUUUCCAGGCAGCCAUUGAUUCCCAUUCUUUUCCAUGUAGUUUAUGAAUCACUUAUCAAACUCUUGAGUUGUGUAAUCCAUCAGAGUAACCCCAUGUUUCAUUUUUGUUCUUUGUCAUGUGGCGAUACUGUUUAAAUGCAGAUUGAUUUAAUAUAUAGGCACUUCCUCGCAAUGAUAAUAAA